AUGUAUUUCGGUAAACGUCAAAUGCUCAUUGCAACGGCUCUGUGUGUCGGUUUCUCGUCAAAUCGGACCCCAGGCACUUGCAAUAGAAGCCAGGGGCUUCAUUCAGAAACAAUCACAACUCAGACAACAAGACUUCAACCCUUUCAAGCACACCUAAACAUAUCCACCGACACCAUCAAGAUGCGUCAGACCAAGUACGGAGACGCUGACCUCAAGCACUGGCAGUGCAAGAACAAUAUCGAGAGCCGCGACCAGGAUCCUGUCUGUUGCGAUCGAUGGAACCCUAUCCACAACUCUGUUUGUGACAACGACGCUUGCAUGUGUCCCCGCAAAGCAGGCUCUCUUGCCAUGGGCAACGAUGAGUCGGUCGGACGGCAGGGUGCUAUUGGCAAAUACACCUCCAGGGACACCAUUGAAUAUGAUGAGAUCCGUCGUUGA